UCUAUCCUCUCUCUUUUCAAAUAUCUCGAUCGUCAUCGAUGGCCCGUACAAAGCAGACUGCCCGGAAGUCAACCGGAGGGAAGGCUCCGAGGAAGCAGCUGGCGACGAAGGCUGCCCGGAAGUCAGCCCCGACGACCGGAGGAGUGAAGAAGCCGCACAGGUACCGACCUGGGACGGUGGCUCUGCGUGAAAUCCGAAAGUACCAGAAGAGCACGGAGCUGCUGAUAAGGAAGCUCCCGUUCCAGAGGCUUGUUCGAGAAAUCGCUCAGGACUUCAAGACGGACCUGCGUUUCCAGAGCCACGCCGUGCUGGCGCUGCAGGAGGCGGCGGAGGCCUAUCUUGUUGGGCUCUUUGAGGAUACCAAUCUCUGCGCCAUUCAUGCCAAGCGAGUCACGAUUAUGCCCAAGGAUAUCCAGCUUGCUAGGAGAAUCAGGGGUGAGAGGGCUUGAGCAAAUUAGGGUUACAAGUUUAUUUCCUGGAAUCAUGAUCAGGAUAUUUUAGGGUUUUUUUUUGUUCUUAUUUCUACGGUUUUUGAAUAAAUCUUCUAUUUUACUUGGAUGAUUGAUUGGAAUUAUCUAGUUUAUUUGCU